AAGAGUCAUAUGAUUUCGUGACUGGGCUUGAACGUCUCGUUUAUAUACCGCAGUCCUUUUCGUCUCUUCGUGAGUUUUAAACGAUCAAAUCCGGCAUAAAGAUGAUGUGUGGCGGUGGAUCCGACAUCCGUGAGCCCGACGAGACGGUGCAUAAGAUCUGUGAGAGCGUGAAGUCCCAGGCAGAGCAGCAAGCAGGGAAGACCUACGAUGUUUUCGUAGCCAAGAAAUUCAGGAGUCAAGUUGUGGCCGGGACCAACUACUUCAUCAAGGUCCAUGUGGGAGGAGAUGAUCAUGUUCACCUCCGUGUUUUCAAGCCUCUCCCAUGUAAUGGAGGAGACAUUGAGCUGACCAGCAUGCAAAAAGACAAGACCCACGAAGACUCUCUUGAGUUAUUUUAACUUUGGACUUCAAGCCAAAGCAAAGAUCCAGUGCCUACAGGCUGCUAUCUUAUUAUUAGCAAAAUUAUGGCUCAUCAUAUAAAAUGUUUUCAUUUUCUAUCAUGUGGUAACAUACUUCAACAUACAAACAGUAGAUCAUGAUGUUAUUCUGUCAAAAUAGAAUUGUUUUGUACAAGAGGAAUAAAUAAAUGAAUGAGAUUUGUUGGGA